AUGAACGGCGGGUUAAUUGAGCAGCAAGAGAUGAAGCAUAUCUGGGUGAUUACCGGGCCAGCCGGGUGUGGAAAGACCACGGUCGCCCAAUAUCUUGUGAAACAGCUGUCACUGCCGUAUGUUGAGGGGGAUGACUAUCACUCCAAAACCAGCAAACACAAGAUGGCCAGCAAUAUCCCUUUGACUGAUGACGACCGGUGGAGCUGGCUCAUCGAACUACGCAAGGAAGCGAUGAAGCGGCUCCAGAGUUCCCCUGGUGUCAUAGUGACAUGCUCGGCUUUGAAGCACAGAUACCGAGACGUGCUCAGGGUAGCACACUACGAAAACCCCAAUAUUCAGGUCCACUUCAUCUAUCUCCGAGCAGAUCGCAAGACGUUGCAAGAACGGGUAGCCAAUCGCCAAAACCACUACAUGAAAAAAGAGAUGGUGAACAGCCAGCUUGACAAUCUGGAAGAGCCUGAGGAGGAGGAAUGGGAUGCUAUGAGCGUCGACGUGCGGAGCACACCCGAAGAGGUCCAGCACGCAGCUUUAGAAGUGGUGAAGAAGAAGCUGGCCGAAUAUCAACACCAGUCGUGA